AUGGUGUGUUGUGGCACGCAUCAGUGGCUCAUUUCCACCGCUGCCAUCACCGCACUCCGCGAGCACUGGGAUGAGGCAAACGCUCGUGUCCUCCAGCGCAAAGCCCAGCUGGACGCGAUGCUGGGCGACUCCCAGAGGUAUGAGGCUCGACGGCGGGACGCAGACGCGUGGCUCUCGCGCAUGGAAAAUCGCUUGGCCGCCAUGACAGCGCCCGGGCACACCGCCGACGUGCUGGAGAUGCAAUUGCGCGAACAGAAGUCUUUCCACGCUGAGGUGCAUCAAUAUAAGCAUCAGAUCGAAUUAUUUGGCCAGCUAACUCAGAGGCUAAUUGCUGUAUACCGCAAUGACGAUACCACUCGCAUCAAGAGGGCCACUGAAGCCAUCAAUCACCGUUACAAUGAAUUAAAUAACAGUAUUAUUGCUCGAGGAAAAGCGCUACACUCUGCAGUAUCGUCGUUGCAGAACUUUGAUCGCUCUUUGGAGAAAUUCGUGGCUUGGCUGAGCGAGGCAGAGUCUUUGCUGGACGCUGCAGAAAGAGAUCCACAUUUAUUAAAGGGGGGUGUUGCAAGCCUUCCGUUAGUCGGCCGGCGGACGCCGUGCGCGACGCACGCCUCGCGCCAUGUGACACUGCCUGCGGCCGCCAUGACCGAGGGGGCGGGCAGGCCCAGGCCCGCGCCGCCCCGGAAGCCGGACUCCUUGACCCUUGCGUGGCCCCGUUGGGACGAUCCUCCGCCGCCUGCGCCCGAUACCAAACCACCCCAUCCCAUAAACGACGACUUUGGCGGUUUCUCUCCUUACACGCCGCCGAAUCCGAUCCAACCGGAACGUAGACCUCGACGGCCCCAGAGCGUGGUGUCCCCGCGUCAAAUCCCAGAGGUGACACGACGUCCCCACUCUUUGGGGUCCGUCGAGGACGACUGGCCCGUCCCCCUUCUUCAGCCCGUCCCGCGGCGUCCCGUCCCAAAUGUCCCGGUACGCGCGACGUUCCCGUCCUCGAGGAGUGACUAUCAGUUGCAAAGACCCGCGAUCAUGACGAACGGUUAUGGUGCAGUGCCGCCGUCCACUUCGCGGAGACUUUCCUUGCCCGGCGGCGUCCAGAACCCGCCGAAAAUGUCGGCCACGUUCCACGGGCUGUCGGCGCUCAUGGGCAUCCAUCCGCCGCUCGGCGCGCCCACGGGCACGCCUAUGACGCCCAGCACGCCGGCCGCAGUGAGAGAGGCGGUGCGGCAUCUAUUGCAGCAGCCGAGAAAUGGAUUCCCUAUAAUGGACCACAAGCUGUCGUUGUUCAUUGACAUUUUAGACGCUCAAGAGAGAUUUUCACAGGUGACGUGUGUUCAGCGUUAUUAA